AUGUCAUCAUUAUCUGCUAGAUUAUUAAAACGAAAACAUAUUUCAAAUAAUGACAUAUUAGAAAUUAUUGAAGAAACUAAACAUUGUUUGAAUAUUAAUAAUGAUAGUAAUUGUAAUAAUUUAUUAAAUAAAUUAGAAAUACAAUCUUUAUCAUUAUCCUCAACAUUUGACUGUAAUUCAGUUUCACAGAUUGAAAAAAAAAUUUUACAUCAUCGAUAUCGAAUUAAAAAGAAAUCUCGAAUUAUAGAUCUUAAUAGAAAAACAACUGUUUCUAUUAAUAAACAUAAAAUAAAUACUAAUUUAAAUGAAAAUAAUGAUAAACAAUUAGAUUUAUUUGAAAAUAAAAGUAAUAUACCAAAUGUUAUAUCAUGGUGGGAAGAUAAUCAACAAGAAAUUUUUAAAAAUAAUAAUGAACAUGAUGAUGAUAUAUUAAAAACAUCAGAUGAAAAUUUACAAAAAAUUGUUGAUGGUGCACUUAAUUUAAUGUUAACUAAUUCAAAAUCAAAAAUACAAAAACAAAUUAAAACAUUUAUUGAUCGAAAAAAACUUAAAAGAAAUCGACGACAUAUUCAAUCAAAAAAUGCUCAUAUUGAUUUUCAUUCAGAACGAAAUGCUCAGUUAUUAAAAACUAACGAUAUUAUUACACCAAUUAAUUCAAGUAAUCUUGGUCAUCAAUUAUUAGAAAAAAUCGGUUGGAUGCCUGGUAAUGGUCUUGGUAUAAAUCAAAAUGGAAUAAAAAUACCUAUUGAAGUUAAUAUCCAUAAUCAUCGACAAGGUUUAGGAUAUGAAAAAUCAAUCGAUAGAUAUCAAUAA